GGCCUCGCUGUCCGCGAUGUGGGUGUGGGUGUGUGUGAGAGAGAUUCCUCCGGACCACACCCUGCUUCCACAGUUCCAGGAAAAAAUAACUUUUCACAGCUGCCCACUUCUGCCAGUGCUUCUCUGAAUAACAACAUCGAGAACAUAAAACAACCCCACACUAAAACUUGGAGUACAGCAUUAAAGACAGUUUAAGGCUUUGUGAGUGACAGCGGGAGGAUAUCGCUCUUCUUCUCUCUGGGACUGAGAGCCACCGACGAGGUUGACGUCUCAUAAUUUGGCAUCAUGUCACACUACCCUCCAGGGUACGACGAAUCUCAUGGCCCAAUGUAUGGACCUCAGGGUGGGAACUACCCACCACCCCCUCCAUAUGGAUUCCCUUCAUAUGGUGGUUCACAGCCAGGCUAUCCCUCUGCUCCAUACCCUUCUGGUCCAAUGAUCGCUUUUCUUUCUACUGAUGAUACAGGUGAUGAGUUUGCAGCAAGUGGCAGCGAUUGGGACAGUCUGAGCAUUCGGCAUACCUUCAUCAGAAAGGUGUAUUUGCUCUUGGCGUGUCAGCUCCUGGUCACCACAGCCAUUGUGGCUAUAUUCACGUUUGUCCAACCUGUCAAAUCUUUUGUAAGGCAGAACUCAGCUGUGUACUGGGCAUCAUAUGCGGUGUAUUUCAUCACCCACAUCGUGCUGGUCUGCUGCAAGGGCCCCCGGAGGAAGUUCCCAUGGAACAUGAUUCUGCUCGGCCUCUUUACUCUGUCUUUGUCGUAUAUGACUGGAACCAUAUCCAGUUACUAUGACACAAAAGCAGUGUUUCUUGCGCUGGGAAUCACAGCUGUCGUCUGCAUCGCCGUCACAGUGUUCUGCUUCCAGACGAAGGUCGACUUCACCAAGUGCCAGGGCCUUUUCUGUGUCCUCGGUAUCGUCGUGUUCGUGACUGGCAUCAUUACAGCCAUCGUGCUGUCCUUCAAAUACAUAUUUUGGCUUCACAUGCUUUAUGCGGCUAUAGGAGCCAUCGUUUUCACUCUGUUCCUGGCAUAUCACACUCAGCUACUGAUUGGAAACAGAAAGCACUCCAUUAGUCCAGAGGAGUACGUGUUCGCCGCACUCUCCAUCUACGUCGAUAUAAUCCAGAUCUUCCUUUUCCUGUUGCAAAUUAUUGGUGCUUCCACCAAAUAAAAAUCCGGCGGCACAGUGUAGUGAAAUCCUUCCGUGCUUUUGAAAAGCUUUACUUUUCCAAUAGACAUUAAAAGAUUUUUAAGACCAUGGUGCUCUUCAGGGAAAAUGUCUAAGGGCUGAAUAUGAGAUUUUACAUUGUAGAUUAAACAUAAACUGCUGCUCAAAUGUUUGGGGUCACGCUGAUACACCCUUUUCCUGAAAGGAAGAACUUGUGUUUUCAUCUAAUAACAAAUUAAAUUGAUCAGAAAUGAUCUGAUAAAUUUAAUGACAGUUAAUUGUAAAUGUCCAAAUUAUGUGAGAUUAUGUAAAUUAAUGGUUUGGGAUUUUCAUAAGAACACAGGAGUCAAUUUCAGCAUUAUCCCUCCUGUAUUGCUGAGGUGUAUUGUGUUACCUAAUGCAGGUUCAUCACGGGACCAGGCUUAUUUAUCCCUAGACAAAAAACCUUUCCAAACACAGCUGAAAGCUGAUAAAAGAGCGUUCUAGUAUAGUUACAGUAUAAUCUAGUAUAAUCACACGAAAUGCUUCAGUCAGCUAGGUAAAUGAUUAGCUUCUUUAAUCUGUUCUCAGCUCUUGUUACAUGGUCAGUCUUUUUACAUGAAAAACUUGCAUUUAAGUAACAUGGUGUGCCAUGAAAGAGGGCUUCUGUGUUUAUGAUGUAAUUUUCCACCAUAUAUAUUGUAUUGGAGUUCCAUCUACUGUGUUAUCCAUGUGGAGGUGAUAAAGCAUGCUAGUCUGCAGUAAGCUAAUGUUUAAAUGUUCAGUUAACUGGAUGACUUUACAAUAAUAACAUUUAUUUUCUUGUUCUGUGAUCCAGCUGAUCAGAGCUGUGGUAAAAAUUAAUGAUUUGUUUUUGUUAUUCGUUGGAUUUUUUUUCAUCCCCUGAACAGAAAAGUCAAGGCGUGGACUGAACCAUUGUUUCAGAGAGCUGUACUAAGGAGACCUUUAAAAAAGUUAUGACUAAUUUAGGGCUGUCAAUGUUAACGCAGCUUUAUCUGUCAUCAUGAUUAACGCAAUUUAAAAUUUUCAACACAAUUAUACCAUCUGGAGCGCAGAAUGGACAAACUUUGUGCAAACUGCCCAAAUUGCCUUGAUGCAUGCAGGGAUUUUGAGUCAUUUUCGCUCCAAAUGGGUUAAUUGCACUGAAAAUUUUGAUCGUGUUCAUCAUGACGACAGAUUAAUCCACGUUAAUGUUGACAGCCCUAGAAUAAUUCCAUUUAUCUUUGUUUGUAUAAUAUCUCUGAUCAUGCCUUGUUAAGUGUUUUUUUUUUUUCGGGGUUUUUAUUUUUUGCAAAGUAAAGAUAUUUUAAAGUGAUGCCCCUCAAAAAUCUGAGCGUUAGUUUACAUCGCCCAAAAAUGCACUUUGUAUGAAAUCUAUAUUUGUUUUUAUAUACUUUAACAGCUUAUCAGUGGUUAUGACGAAUACUAUUAUCUAACUAUCUACAGACACUUGAAUCCCAUCUGCAACAUUUAUUCCAUAUUACUGGACUUAAUGCAGAAAGUGUCUGAUCUCUCUUCUGUGUAUGAACAUGUACAGCUACAAAUGAAUUCUCCCAUGUGUCUAAAUGCUACAAGAACAAGGCAAAUCCUAAAGUGUAACUUUCUGAGAUUAUGAAGUACAGUAGGGGUGGGCAUUGCCACAACAUUUGAUCUCAGUUACUCAAGUAUGAGAAGAGUCAGUUUUUUGGGACACGUCCACCCCUGAAGCACAGCUCCGCGCCACUAAUGGCAGCCACGGCUCUGCUAUAUUACUUUAUUCAGAUAAAGUAAUAUAGGUCACUUUAUUUGAAUUGUACUCCUUUAUAUCACUUCAGUGCCUUCACCGUGUCAGUGUCUGUUAUUUUAAUUUUUUUAACUUUACAGAAUACAAGGUUAUAAUAUGUUUUAUAGAGUUGUUAUAUGUGUGCCUGUAAAUAUAGUUGUGUUAGUCAGAUGUGGAUCAGACAGCGAGGGCCGGCAGGGCGGGAUUUUUCCACACAGGACAGCAUUAUCGGUGCCAUGUUGUUAAAGUACUGGAACAUUUCUGAACUCCAGUCUUUCAUUGACAAGUUUAUAAAAGCCUUGCGUCAAAUCAACAGAGGCAGACAUGUUUACUGUACACCACGGAUGGUUAGUGUGGAAGAGGGGGUUGUAAAUAUAUCAGUGCUACAGAAAAUCUAUUUGCUUAUCAUUAUAAAUAAAGUUUUCUUUUAGUCUUAA